ACGACAUGCAAUUUUCCCCUAUUCUUUUAUAUAUAAGGAAAUACCUAUAUGCUUUUGAAACUGGUAACUAAAAAAAGACAGCCGAAUUAAUAAAUUCAUCCCAGUAAUAACUGUAUAAAAUUGUAUUUUAAAUAAAGAACACGCAGUUUUCGCUUUGAAAAUAGAAAAAAAUAUAUAUAGGUCAGUCAGUUUUGUUUCUCGACGGAAGUGGCUAUUAAUAAUAAUAGUGAAAUACCACGUGUCGCAAGGGUUUGGGGCCAUUUACUUCGUUAUUUUCACGACACGACAUUCUGUUAUUUGAUUUUUAUUCUAGUAGUUAACGCAUAGUUACCGUCUUCUAUUUUUAAAAGGGUAAAAGGAGUAACAUUGAGCUAAUCCGUUUCAUGGUUUAACCGGCCAGACCUCUGUUUAGCUGGUCUGAGUUGGUUACAACUUUCUUUGGUUUCCUUAGGCUAGACAUUUUCGGUUUCAACACUUAGGUACAACUUGUUUGCUGUUUACAAAAAGCGAUAUAGGUAUUUGUAGGCUUGCCUCGUCACACGCGUCUCUCUUUCAACUUCGCGGGUCCCGUUUUCUUUCGGGGCCGUGAUUCCAAGAAGCCCGGUGCCUGCGUAAAUUUAAACCAAACAAUUUUAAAGAUUCGGUUGUGAUUUUGCAACUGGCAGCCAGCCCGCCUUCAACCCUCUUUGGGAAUGCUAUUGGUGUCUAUAGCUUCCAGGGUGAUGAGUCCCUUAGUCGCCUCAUAUGGCAUUUACGAGUAAGAUAAUGUAAGAGAAUGUGUAAUUACAGCUUUCGGGUUUCUUCGGGAACCAACUCAGUUUUAUCAUGCAAAUCUCCUUCUAAAGGUGAUGAUGGGUGGGUGCAGUGAAUUAAAAAAUACCCUGUAUUUAAAUUUUAUAUCUAUACAUUAAACAUAAUCACGACAGUAUUGGAAGUUAGGGCAGGGCUUAGGAAAUAAAAAUACGUAUCAACAGUUCAACGAUCUGUAAUCAAGUGAAGUCAUACUGAAGUGAUAAAUAUGAAGCAAAAGAAUGAAUUUUGACAUUUGACGUAUGGAUGAAUGAAUGGAACUUGGAUUUUUGUAUCAAUAUUCCAACAUACAGGCCAGUGGUUGCGCUGCGUGCUGUCAAAGUUAUUAGUCACACUCGCGCGGCCGGCACCAUCACCCUAAUUGUCAUUGCUUUACGGUCACCAAAAAAACGAACUACAUGAUUUUUUAAAUAAUAAGUCACGGAUUAGUUCAAUUUAAAUUGAUUAACUAUCUAAAUAGCUAUGUUAUGAUACGGAUAUUAUAAUAUUUUAAAUUAAAAACAAGGACAGUCCAUUGUUAUAAUUAGAGAAUUUAAGUAAUAUUGUUUAUGGAUUAUCAACCAAGAUAAAGAAAGAAUUUAGAAAUAUGCAAAUAUUUUUUUUUCUACAAAUUAUUACUUAUAAUAAAUAAAUACUCCAUAUGAUCCAUAUCCAUACUAACUUAUAACUGUGACAAUGUGUUUGUUUGUCCAUCUUUCUCGUCAAAACGGAACUCAAAGUUCCGUCAUUGAGGUGAUAUUUGGUGUAGAGAUACGAGUAGUUUCAGAGCUCGGGAGACAUCAGUUAACGGACAGAGUCGCGAGCAACAACUUAAAUAAAUAAUAACUAGGUAUUCCAGAUCAAAAAAAUGUUGACCUAAAACUCCAAUUUUAAAAUUAAAGUCUAGAUCAAUUAGGUUUUAUUUUCUGUUGCUGUCGCUACAUUACUAUAGAAGCCGCGAGUCCCGUCGCCGCAUCAACCACCCUCCAAGCGCGCUGUACAGCUCCCUGAGCGAGCGCCUGCGCACGCGCACCCCUGCAGCGUUGCAAUGCGCGCUGUUCUGUGGCGGAGCACGAUGCCAGUACGAGCUGCCGCAGCCGGCGCACGCGGCCGUGCAGGGACUAUAUUCUAGCUGGAUCACGGAUGACAUCUUGGCGAUGGCGCGGCCCAGCACCGCCAGUAUCGCGGCCAGGAACAUCAUACAGCAGUUCCAUAGCUGGGGCAUCCGGACUAUCAUAAACCUGCAGACCCCGGGCGAGCACGCGAGCUGCGGGCCCCCGCUCACUCGCUCCGGGUUCACAUACGACCCCGACAUCUUCAUGGCUAAUGAUAUAUACUACUACAACUUCGCGUGGCCGGACUACGGCGAGGCGAGCCUCUGCGGGCUGCUGGACAUGGCGAAGGUCUUGUCCUUCGCUUUGCAAGAAGGGCGGGUGGCCAUACACUGCCAUGCAGGUCUGGGGCGCACAGGCGUGCUGAUCGCCUGCUACCUGGUGUACUCCCUCAGGAUCCGCGCUAAUGACGCCAUCCGCCUCGUCAGGAAGAAGAGGCCGAAGUCUGUGCAGACGUCUGGACAGAUCCUGUGUGUGCAGCAGUUCGAACAUUACCUACUGCCGCAGACUGUUAUGUUUAGCUCCAAAGAAGCGCUGAUGCUGUCGAAGCAGCCGAGGAGCGCGGAGUUCACGCUGCGGCAGCUCGUGCACCGGCAGCGCGCCGUGCUGCACGGCCUGCACGAGCGCGCCUUCCGUCUGCUGCCCAGGAUAAUAUACUGCAUCUGUGAGCGCCUGCUCAAACUAUGCGGCUGCAGCCGCAGCGCGGGGCUCGACUUCCGAGUGAGGAGCCGCCCCUUCUACAAGAGCUUCCUCGUGCACAGGCUGAAGCAGACCAGGAAGCCUGAUCCGACCACACCUGAUACACCUUCUGAGGUUCCAGAUCACGUACCAACCUUACCAUUGUUGGAAUGGAGAGAUCCAGUGGAAGAAGAUAUCGACAGGAACCUGGAGACCGUCAGCAGGAUCACUGGGAAUUCCUGUACCGGGAAUGGGAAUAUUCCCGCGAUUCAGAUUUAUGAGGCAUUUGUGGUGGACCACAACAGUCUUCCGGAAGAACGACAGAAGUACAUUAAACAACUUCGUACCGACAUCAACCAGAGAAGGGAAGCUAUAGAUAGAAUUGACGAAGAAGAGGACCCCGUGGUGCUGAGCGGGCUGCUGAGCGCGUGGCUGGAGGGGCUGCGCGCGCCCGCGCUCGGCCGCGACGACCUCAGUCUCAUCGUGGCCAGGGGCCGCGACGUCCACAGCUGUCUGCUGUCUCUCAGCACGGAAGUCGCAAUGUUACUAGAGUACCUACUCCGCUUUGUGACUCGCCUACGCCCUCUAGCGGCGACCAAGAAAAUUGACAUUCUGAAACGCCUCACCGCUUCCCUAACCCACCAGACCGUUAUGGUCUGCGGGCGAUGUCUUCCAACUCGCAAAGACUUCUCCAGACUUCGUGAUGGAACCUCCAGUCAAGUCAUCAACUUUUUUUUAAGAACCAUUGUUGAAAUCCAAAGAGAUAUGUUGAAGGCGGGAAAAGAUGAUUCAGAUGUGGUUGUGCCGGUGAGGAGAUCGAAAAUAAAGGCUUGGAAAUAAAUCUUCGUUUUAUGUUAAC